UAUUGUCAGGAAAGGCAAAGAGAGGGGAAGUAAAGGAUGUGAGGAGAGGGAGAGAACAGCUUCAGACUCAUCCUCGAGUUACUUUCACUUGAACUUCUUGUAACGCCGUGUAGUGAUCUUCUAGACGAUGGGAACGGAGCUCCUGUUGCUUUCCGCGUAAUUUCGAUCUCACGUAAUCCUUUAGUAUAUUCUUAGAUUUUUGUUAAAAAAAAAAAAUGGCGUUACACUGGAUUCUACAGUUAUAUCUUCUACGAUGCACGCUAUUCGUCGUUAUUGCCCGCGCCGAAGAAGUUUUCAAUACCACUCCGCCAACCGUCAGAACGAGAUUCUCCUGUUUCAACCGGCCUAUGGGAUUCUACGCUGACGUCGAGGCGAACUGCAAGAUAUAUCACACGUGCGACGAUCACGGGAACAAAUUCACUUACCGAUGCCCCGAGGAAACGGCUUUUCGUCAAGACGCCUUGACAUGCGACCACGCUCAUCUGGUCGAUUGCCAAGCGACCGUUCACCCGUCGACUCAAUUUCCAAACGAGAACGUCGACGAGGAAAUUGUGCGCGUAGCAGCCUCGACGAGAUCCCCGGUGGAAUCGAUCAACUCGCUCGACGAUGAUCGAUUGUCGUUUUCGCGUUCCUUCCAAGUGAUUCAACGGCCUGACAAAUCCAUGCCUAACAAGUUCCAAUCCGGGUUCGUCUUCCGCGCGAGUCUAUUCUUAAGGAAUCAGGACCGGAAUCAAGCUAGGCAAAUUACCGACACCUGUACGACAUGCGACACCGAUUCGAGGAACCGCAUUUCCACCGCUCGGCCGCCUACCAAACAGAUUGGUGCUUGGAAUCCGCAUAACGAACCCAAAUCAACUACGCAGUCAUUGUCUUUAUCACUGUCGGAGACUCGCGACAAAAAUACCGUAUAUUUCAAUCGUCCAUACGAGCCGCUCUCGAAUUCUUCGCCUACGACAGCGACAACGUCGGAGGAUAAUCAGCGUCCACCUUUUCCGCGCGAGAAGUUCCCCUUGUCGAGUUACAACAGUGAUUUCCAUCCAUAUUCGGAGACUUUACGAUCGAUUCAAGCCAGCGCUCAUACGACUUACGUAAAAUCCACCACGGAGAUUCCCGUGCAUGCUUUGACGAUGUCCUUGAAGCCGCUGGUACCGAACGAGCUGGAAUACGAUCCUUACUAUCCCAAACAAGCGACGUCCACCGAGGCAUAUUACACACCCAGCAAUCGCAACAGAGUCGACACGAACGUUCGGUUUUCCAGCUCCAGCCAAGCGCCGCUGAUAGUCGCGCGUCCCAAUCUUCCCUUCGAGAUCCCGUCUGUGCUGCCUGAUUUGAACACGUUGGAGGAUUUAGUCGACCGCCGGAAGUUCUUCUAUAUUCCGCGCGCAAAUGUGAAAUCGAUAUAACGCGCCAUUAACUGUU